AUGGAUGACACGAAUGCUCUUCAAUUACCUCAACCACAACAACAACAACAUCAACAACAACAACAACAACAACAACAAACAGGUGGUGCAGCAGGUGGAGCAAUCAAUUCAUUCGCCGACUUUAUGAACUUUCGCAUGUCACAAUCACUCGAUCUUAAUGGUUUUGUCAAUGCGUUUGAGAGUGGCACAUGCAGCUCAUUUCAAUCGUUUCAACAACAGUUGCAGCAGUCCAACUCCAACAUCUUUGCCAAUGUCCUAUCCCAACAUCAGCAGCAACAACAACAACAACCAUCAUUUCAAUAUAACACACAACAACAAGUACAGCAGCAGCAGCCACAACAACAUCAUCAUAGUCCAAGCAUGAUGUCGACACAGCAGCAGCAGCAGCAACAGCAGCAGUCACAACAACAACAAAACUACAUGUUACAACAGCAACAACAACAACAACAGCAGCAACAACAAUCAACACUAAUCAAUCAAACAAAGACUCAAUACCUUCAACAAUCGACGUCGACGACGACGACGAACAACACAGCCUAUCCAAACCUAUUUGGAAGCACGGACAUCCAGGCGGAGCUUAGGGAGCUGCUUGCGUCAUUACAGAGCCUCUCGCAAGAAUCGCUCCAGCAUCUGUUCUUUUUGAGCCGCUCGCUGCAGCCGCACGUGUCCGAGGAGCUCAGGUUCCCUUUGAUCACCAAGAUGUUCAGCGACAUGCCCAAGCUGAUCGACCAGAUCAACACGGCUACGUUCCAGGCGUACGCGCAGGAGCCCAACAACCACGCCUUCAAGCUCUUCCUGGACUUCAAGGAGCUGUCCAACAUGCUGGCCCAUGUAUCAUACACCCAACUCUUCCAGCUGACAAACAACAUGAUCCCGCCCGGAUCGCCGCAGUUCCAGUUCAACAUCCUGUUGCGCAUCCAGGAGUACAUGCAGCACAUCAACUUUGACACACUCAAGCGCAUGAACACAGCGCUGACCAACAACGCGCAGCCCACCUAUCUCAACAACCAGCAGCUGCUUCAGAUCGACGCACACAUCCCCAUCGAGAUCCUGCACUUUAUCGCAGGCACCAUGUCGUUGGCGCUGCCCGAGCUGCUCUCCUUUCACUCAUGGUUCAUCGUGCUGUCCAAGAAGAUGUUGGCCGUGCUGCUCGCUAUCCUCCAGCUCGAGUCGUCCACCGUGCUCGACCUGAAAAGGCUGCUUGCCACCAGCUUCCCGCCGCCAUUGGCGCAGCCCUUUGAGCUGCAGAUGCACCAGCAGCCAAACACUGGCGUCCCGACCGUCAGCAUUAGCCAUCCCUCCUCGAAUCAAUCACUCAACACCUCGUCGCCAUCGUCCGAAUUCUCUCCAAACAUUCCACCUCUGUUCAAUCUCAAUCUAUCCGCAUCGUUUGGUAUCCCAUUAUCCCCACUUGAUCAACAUCAACAACAAAAUCAACAACAGCAACAUCAACAACAACUUCAGCUACAACAGCAACAACUUCAACAGCAACAGUCUGGUAGCAAGUCACCAAACAAUCAAUUAGUUGUAAAGAAUGAAACACAUGGAUCCCUAGCAGUCCUCAACACUUCCGAGUCCUCCAUAUUAGCUUCGUCGUCAAGCACAACAAACUGUCCAUUUUAUUUAAAGAUUUCCAGACAACCUCCAUCAAGCACGGUGUAUCAGAGGAUCCUGAAGCCAUUCCCUUCGGUGAUGCUUUGUGGACCUGGCGUGGAGAACACCAACCUCUCCAAUUUCUUCGUAGAGGCAUCACUACUCCGAAACGAUAAUCAGCAGGAGCUGACCACAUGCCUCGAUGGCAACAAGAUCUCGCGUAUUGCCAAUGGAAUCUUUGCGCCCUUCAAGAAGCUGAAAAUCCUCUCGACGACACAGCAGCAGAGGACACUGUUCCGUCUCAAGUUUGUCUUGAAGCGAUACAUUGGCAGCGACUUCCAGACCAUCUCCAACGCAUUCGUCCUCUCCGAUCCCAUCGAAGUCUUUUCACAUACCAUUUACUUAACGGAUAAACAAGAUGUGCCAUUGCCACCAUCAGUCACAGAGAUUGUACCAGCGCAGGGACCACCCAACACGAGGAUGGUCGUAUUGGGCUCCAACUUCUCAAAGGGCGAUCAUCUGGCAGUGAUGUUUGGUCCGAUGGAGAGCACAUCUGUGCAGUUCUACGAGAAGGGAACAAUCAUUUGUAACGCACCCGAGCGAUCAGAGGCUGUAAAGAGUGGAUCGUCCGUCCUUGUCAAGGUCACCAACGACGGUGAGCAGUACUCCAACGACACAGUGAGCUUCACCUACACUCGAUGA